CACGGCUUCUCUUCCUCCUAUAAAUACGCCUCCCACCAUCGAUGAAGAGCCGAGCAAUUCCAGAGAAAGAAAGCGUCAAGCAACUUCUUCAAAGAUUACCAACAACGCCAAUGUCGAUCAUUCCCAAUUUCUUUGGCCGAAGAAGCAACAUCUUCGACCCGUUCUCCCUCGACGUAUGGGACCCUUUUGAUCUUGGCGCUCCCUCAGGAGCCGGCCGCGAGGUCAGCGCCUUUGCCAAUGCUCAGGUCGACUGGAAGGAGACGCCUCAGGCCCACGUGUUCAAGGCCGACCUCCCGGGCCUCAAGAGGGAGGAGGUGAAGGUGGAGCUGGAGGAAGGGAGGGUGCUGAAGAUAAGCGGGGAGAGGAGCAGGGAGACUGAGGAGAAGGGCGAGAAGUGGCACCGCGUCGAGAGGAGCAGCGGCAAGUUUCUCCGGCGGUUCCGCCUGCCGGAGAAUGCCAAAGUGGAGGAGGUGAAGGCUUCCAUGGAGAACGGCGUGCUCACGGUGACGGUGCCCAAGAUGGAGGAAAAGAAGCCGGAGGUUAGGUCCAUCGAGAUCUCAGGCUGAUCUGAAGCCGGAAGGACGGGGGACAUUCCUACUGGAUAUGGAAAGCCCCCUCUGCUUGCUUAUGUUAAAGGGUCCGAAUGUUGUGGUUUACAUGUAUCGAUCCGUAUCGUUGUGGACUGCCUGUAGUCAGUUUGUUUCUCAUGGAUCGCCAUGAACGACGUACUCUGUCUUCUCCUGUUUUGAGGAAAUAAAAGUGUGUUGUGAGGGAAGGUCACCGUGCCUCCCUCUACUGUACGUGUACUGGUUCUACUUUAAAAGUUUAAAAAGAAAAAAAAAAAAUUG